GUAAAUUUGAAAACCUUUUCCUAACUUAACAAAAUUGUAUGUGUAUUAUUUAAAGCGGACCUUUGUUAUUUUUUAUAAAACAAAAAAAAAACUAUAAAGCAUACAAAAAGCUAAUAAACAUGUCUUCGGUUCAGGACCAAAUCGCGAACAAUCCACCGGCGGUUGGACAUCAAGUUCCCGCCCCCAGGAGGAGGUUCACCCAUCCACCUCAAGUAGUGGGUAUGUUCGAAGGAACGCAAUACGUCGACGACCCGAGGUUCGUACCCUGGAGUCCCCGCACCGUGAGAGAGAUUCGAGAUAUUAGCGAGGAAGUGACAAGAUUCUUGGAGCGCCGUUUGCGUGAUGAGGUGGCAAAUAGGAAUCGUUUAGCAGCUGAGCGUUUGGGAAGAGAGGCGGCGUGUCCUUCGAGAAGGAGCCCCCACACAAUGCCGCGUUCUGGAGCCGAUGAGACUCAAGAGACUCAGCCGUUUCUAUUUCUGGCCUUGGAGGCUUUCAAAAAGGAGCAGAAAAGACUGGAAGGCCAGCGGGAUUCGUCUAAGGAGGGAACUUCGGAACCAGGCGCCGAUGUUAAAGUCAGUCCAUCGGAAUUUGUGGCCGAAUACUUGGCCCAGAACAUGAGCAGCGCAGACUUCCACGACGGAAAUAAGCCACGCUAUGGCCCCUCAGCCGGAAAUAGGAAUCCGCAUCGCCGACCAAGGAGGAACCCUUAAGACGGCAUAUAUGUCUGGCCCCCAUUUGAUAUAAUAUCCGUAAGAAUCGUGUUGCAUACUCUCCAGAAAUUGGUGCUUUGGAAAUCUCUCUUGGAAUGAUAUCGACCCUAAACCGUUUGAUUUAAACUGUAAACAACAUGAAAUCCAAGUAAAUCCAAAAUUAUAACUACCAUAUUUUGUACCAAAA